AUGGCCAACGAAACGGUGAACAACACGUUGAACGAUCUCCAAAGAGAAUACCAGGAUUUCCUAGACGAUGACAAUGACGAGGGAAACUACAGAGAGAAAAUUACCGAGAUGCUCGCGCUUAAGAAGCGCCGGCUGAUUGUGAACAUCAACGAUAUGCGAACGAAAAACCCCAAAAGAGCUGCCGAACUUCUGAAUAACACGGCAGAAGAAAUGUUGGCCUUCGAACUCGCCCUGAAGAGCAUCGUCAUGCAAGCAGACCCGUCCCUGCAGAAAGAAUACAGAGGACUACGUUUUUCGAUCGGGCUCGAAGGGAGUUUCGGGAACAGACACGUCACUCCGAGAUCUCUGACUUGUACCAAUCUUGGGGGAAUCGUCUGUGUUGAAGGAAUCGUCACGAAAGCAUCCCUAAUCAAGCCGAAAAUUGUCAGGUCUGUGCACUAUUGUCCAGCGACCGAGAAAUUCCUCGAACGAAACUAUACGGACAUAAGCUCGUACGAUUCGACGCCGUCAUCAUCGAUAUAUCCCACCAAGGACGACGACGGAAACCUAUUGGAGACGGAAUUCGGUUUAUCAACCUACAAGGACCACCAGACGUUGACCAUUCAGGAAAUGCCGGAAAAAGCGCCUGCGGGCCAGCUCCCCCGAUCAGUCGAUAUCUUAUGUGAUGAUGACAUGGUCGACCUAUGCAAGCCCGGCGAUCGUGUGCAGAUUGUCGGGUUGUACCGCUGCUUGCCCUUCGCUCAAGCAGGUUACACAAACGGAAUUUUCCGAACUGUUCUCCUAGCCAACAAUGUCCGUCUGCUGAGCAAAGAGGUCGCUACCGAACUGACGGCGGAUGACAUGAAGAAAGUCCGACAGUUCGCUCGUGAAAAGGGUGGCGAUGUUUUCUCUGUUCUCUCAAAAUCGUUGGCACCCUCCAUCCAUGGUCAUGAUUUCGUCAAAAAAGCCCUACUGUGUCUGUUGCUCGGCGGCAGCGAGAAAGUCCUGCCGAAGAACAGGACCAGGCUCAGAGGGGACAUCAACAUCCUUCUGAUCGGAGACCCAUCCGUGGCCAAAUCUCAGAUGCUCCGUUUCGUUCUGAAUAUCGCACCGCGAGCCAUUGCCACAACCGGUCGAGGAUCUUCCGGCGUCGGUCUGACGGCCGCGGUCACGACCGACCAGGAGACGGGCGACCGUCGUCUCGAAGCGGGUGCCAUGGUCCUCGCAGAUCGGGGGGUGGUCUGCAUCGACGAAUUCGAUAAGAUGUCUGACAUCGAUCGUACGGCGAUUCACGAAGUAAUGGAGCAGGGACGAGUGACAAUCGCCAAGUCCGGAAUCCAGGCUCAACUCAAUGCUCGUUGUUCGGUACUCGCUGCGGCCAAUCCUGUGUAUGGGCGAUACGAUCAAUACAAAACGCCGAUGGAGAACAUCGGUCUCCAGGACUCUCUCCUGUCUCGUUUCGAUCUGCUAUUCGUCCUGCUGGACACGAUGGACCCAGAGAACGAUUUGCGAAUCUCGGAACACGUAGUUCGGAUGCAUCGGUACCGUAAUCCCAACGAGCAGGACGGUGAGGCUAUGCCUCUCAAGAAUGUGGCGGACUACCUGUCCACGGAAGAUCCCAAAGUCGUCACCGGCGGCCAAACCACAGAGAUUUACGAAAAGCACGACGCCUUGUUGCACGGGCCCCGUAAGAACAACAAGGAGAGAAGAGUUUCCCUUCCGUUCCUGAAAAAGUACAUCCACCUCGCUAGACAAGUGAAGCCGGCUCUGACAGACGAAGCUGGCCGCAUCAUCAGCGAAGAGUAUCCUCGGCUGCGUAGUUUCGACUCGGAAAACUCCGACAUGGCCAGGACUCAACCGAUCACGGCGCGUACUCUCGAGACCCUGAUCCGUCUGGCGACGGCCCAUGCGAAAGCCCGGCUGUCAGCAAAGGUCACCGAGGACGACGCGAAAAAAGCUAUCGAGUUGGUUCAUUUCGCCUAUUUCAAGAAGGUGAUCGAAAAGCGCCGGAAAAGGAGACACAACUCGAACGAUGAUGCCGGUAGUUCUGAUGAAGAAGAGGAAGAUGAGCCAAUGGACGAAGGUGAAAAAGAGAACGCAUAUGAGUUCCGCGAAGACUCACCUGCGACUCAGAUCCAGAAGCCCAAGAAAAAGGCUCGUAAGGAACAACCAGAGGAGGAAGAAGCUCCCUUGCCGUCCGGCUCGUCUACCCCGGCGUCUAUAGGGCUCCUCGACAGACUCGACGAGUUCCGAACUCUCCUCAAUAAGGCCUUCAGGAAAACAGCUGGGUCGCAACAGAUGCCGCUGAAAGACUUGAUGGAGUUCCUAGCAGGCGAAUCGCUGAAGACACCUUUCACGCAAGAAGAGGUAGAACUCGCUCUCGAACGGAUGUCGGACGCGAAUCAAGUCAUGGUCUCCGAAGAAAUUAUAUAUCUCAUCUGAUCGAUCGUCCCUGAAAACGUGAUCGCAGCUCGCUCGACACUUUUGUAUAAUUCUCCUGGGAAACAACACGAACCCUUGAUUUUAAGAGCGGUGACGCGAAUCAUUACGUUAAAGAACACUCCCAACCUACGUGGACUUGUGGAUAUCUCGGUCGAGUAUCCUCAUCGAAUCGAAUAAAAUCUCGCAAGAGCGAUAUUGGA